AUGGCGGACAUCAAGUUUUUCUCAGAAAAUCCAGCUGACGACAUCUUUACUGAUGAUGAAGAUGUGGAUUCCUCAUUUAAUCAGUCCUUCCCUUCCCAACCGCAUGCGUCCUCCACCAAUGGCGAUAUCCCUUUAAAACGCCGUAAACUAACUCGGGGCAAGCAGAAGAUUCCUAUCUCUUUCAUGCAAGACCGCGUGCGACGUUGCUCAACCUUUUCAAAACGCAAAACCGGUCUCAUGAAGAAGGCCUUCGAGUUAGCUGAGCUCACAGGAGCCGAGGUGCUUCUUCUUGUCGCCUCGGAGACCAACCAUGUGUACACAUUUACGACAAACCGUUUGAAGGCCAUCAUCGACUCGGACCAGGGGAGGGAGUUGAUUCAGUCGUGUCUUGGAUCGCGUGGCCAAACCACCACGUCUUCACCAUCAUUGCCAGCCCCGCCAUCAGCCUCGGCACAACUGCAACCCGCCCAAUCUCGUGACGAGGAGAGCGACGGGCAAGGUGAUGGUCGACCGUCACCGACGGAGGCGGAACCCCAGACGCUUUCAAUUCAGAUGAUUGAUGGCACGUUGCUCCACUUACCAGUCACCUUCCCUGGCGGCUCAGAUCUGGUGUUGCCCUUUCUACCCACCGGCGAUGCGCGUUCGCGGUCAGUGGCAGGUAAAGCCGUCGCUCCGCCACCGUGCUUAACUGUUGCCAACGGUGAGAACCAACCUCAACUCCCGACAACGACCGAGGAAAAGCCGGCGGCGCAAUAA